GAGACUAUAUACCCCCACCCAAUGUCUCUCCUCUCCACCUUCCAUCGGCGCGCGCUCUCUCUCUCUCUCUCUCUCUCUCUCUCUCUCUCUCUCUCUCUCUCUCUCUCUCGGUGGUAUGGAGCGCCGAACCUUCCUAGGCUGGUAGUCUCGUGUAGCCUGUGAACGUGGCAAGAUGCAGCAGCGCGAGUACUACAAUCAUCAUUCGAGUUGUCGUCGCAGUCGCGAGUGUGUGUAAACAAACAUUCUCCGAUUUUGCUCCUCUUCAUACUUUGUUUGAGAUCUUAGAAAGUCCAUCCAAAAGUGCGCUCGUUCUCCCAGAGGUCCAGAAAAAACUAUCACGACGACAUUGUUCGCGAGGAGUCGUUGGUUUGUUCUUCGAACUUGACUUGCGAUGGCGGGUGAGGGUUUGUUCGAGACGACCGGCAUCCCUGGCCACCUUGCUCCAACGGCCGAAAGACUCGAGCGACUCCUCGCUAAGCAAAGUCUCGAGGAGCUUUACGAAGUUGAGGAGCAGCCGUUCGCCAGGGGCAAAUUCGCAACAGUUCGACGCUGCAGAGAACGCUCGAGUGGCAAGCAAUGGGCAGCCAAGUUUCUGAAAAAACGUCGACGUGCUCAAGAGCUGAAGGCCGAGGCGUUGCACGAAGUGGCGGUGCUGGACGCUGGGGCGCACUGCGCGCGUCUCGUUUCACUGCACCAAGUCUUCGAGACGAGUACCGAUAUGGUGCUCGUUCUUGAAUUAGCUCCUGGUGGCGAAUUACAAAUGGUGCUGGACAGGGACGAGAUACCGGACGAGAGGCAAGCUGCCAAAUUCCUGCGGCAAAUUCUCGACGGCGUUGCAUUCUUGCACUCGCUAAACGUCGCUCAUCUCGACAUUAAGCCUCAAAAUCUCGUGUUGACCGGCGACUUUCCAGACUGUGAUGUGAAGCUCUGCGACUUUGGGAUUUCUCGAUACAUAAGCCAAGGCGCAGACAUCCGCGAGAUCCUCGGAACACCCGAUUACACCGCUCCGGAAGUACUGAACUACGAGCCGAUAAGCCUCGCAACGGACAUGUGGUCUGUGGGCGUCCUACUCUACGUGCUGUUAACUGGCUGUUCGCCUUUUGGCGGCGACACCAAGCAGGAGACUUUUUGUAACAUCAGCCGAUGUAAGCUUGACUUCCCGGACGACCUCUUCGAGGAGGUCUCUGAGGAGGCUCAAGAUCUCAUACGCCGACUCAUUGUCAAGAAUUCAAGCGAACGUCUGUCAGCAAUGGAAUGUUUGCAACAUCCCUGGCUGAGCAAAUUCGAUGAUAUGGCUUACUCGCUGUCUCCGGCGAUCUCGGAAUCAGGCGAGAUCCUAGAAGCACCCUGUGAUACAACCUCCUCGUCGUGCUACUCGUCUGCGUCGCCAAUGCCCGAAGAAGAAUCUUGUACACCAUCGCCGAUUCUUGUCGAUUCGUUCGACGAAGAAGAAACGGCACGUGACGAUAGUCCAGAGCCUGAGUUUGCCGAGAACGAAGCAACCAUGCAAACGGUGUCGGAAUGCGAGGAGAGUGUGACGGGCGAUACUACCAGUACUAUUCGUAUCAAUGAUUUACUGGAAGUACCAACUGUGACGACGCAUGAAGUCGUCGAAAUCUAUGACAAAGAAGAAGAUGCAAAAGAGGAACGACGAGAGAAGGUGCGGAAAGAGGAAGAGGAAGAAGAAGAGAUGUCGGCUACGCAAAGCGAUACUGGCAACAGUACCAUCGACGAUGAGUACUCGUAUAUAUCCUCUCGUUUAAACUCCACCUUCCCUCUGACAUCAUCAUCUUCGACAUCGACGUCAUCAACAAGGCAUCACUUCAGUGGAUUGUCAUCCGAACGUCGAAGUAAUUUUAAGAGGAGUAUGGAUUUUCUAGCGAGAAAAUUCUCCGCUAGUACCGACUUGCUCGAGGUAUUCGACGACGUACUUGGCAUGGACACUUCAUGCAGGAGAUCGUCGGUGAGUGCAACGUCAUCUUCGGUGAGCGAAGUUUUCAAAUGUUCGCCAGUAUUUAUACUUGGCGAAGAACAGCAAUGCAGCGACAGUGGUUCAGAUACGGUAUCCGAAAUAUCUACCGACAGUUCGUCCGAUCGUAGUAGCAUCUACUCGGACGAUUCGCUAGAUUUCAUUCUGUACGGCAAAUCGAGUCAGCAAGCUGGUCGGGCGAGCUUUCCAUUCAGUGCGAACGAAAAUCAAAGUUGGAAACAACGCACCGGAAGUACCAGCACCGGAAGUAUGCGAAAUGCACCUCGCGUAUGGCCACGCGAAUGCAAUGGGGUUGUCAGCAAGGCGCUCAGUCGUUUCACCAGUGCCACCGAUCAUCAUUUUAGCCACCUGAGUACCGGCAAGUCGAGCAUCGGCGUUAGCUCGAGCUCCAGUAGCACUAGCAGCAUUACUCUUACGACGAGCUCGACGACGAGAACGAGCACGACCCGUAGCAUAAGUGGACUGGAAGCGCUGCGUAAUCGAGGCGAAAACCUAGUGGUGAUACGCGAACCAGUGAGAGCUGGCCGUUACAUGCGUUACAGCGAAGUACAGUGCGAGUCGGUGCAAGCGAGGAUUCGACGAUUCCAAGUGCACGGCUCGUCGUAAAUGUUGUUCUUUGUUAUUCAUCUUUUUGUAAAUUAUAAAUCGACAUCCGCGACACUUCACAUUGUACAUAGUAAUAAUUUCGAGAUGUGUCGUUGCGCCGAUCUUUAAACUAAUUUAAAAAAUAUAAACGCUAGCUCCGUGUUCGUCCCUCGAGCGCAAGGUUUUCUAUUUCGACGAAAAAAAUAACGAAAUAGCAAUUCAAAUAUAUAUUUUAGUUUGUUUAAAUUUCAACAGGGUCAUAUCUGAAGGAUGCUACUUUAAUUUUUUUUCGUAACUUGUGCUCGAGGCGAAGUCAAACAGAGUGUGUGUAUAUAGAUUUAUGGUUGCGCGCGCGAAUGAAGGAGAGUUAGUGUGUCACGUAUGUAUUUCAUGUGUUCAAAAAAUAGAGUGAGAGAGAGACACAGAGAGAAUGUGUGACUUAUAUUGAGAAAUAUGUGCGGAUGGACAAUCCAAGAUGUUUGCCGGUUAUCCUCGAUAGAGACUUAGAGACUGAUUUACCUUCAAACCUACCCGCCUAAAUGCAUACAGACCCAAACUUUUCUUCGGCUAACACUUAAAAUUGUUGUAGUUCGAAGUAAUAGUGCCUUUUGCUAAUCGAAUAAAUCAAUCAUUAUACAUUUUCUGUGAGAAAAAAUCGAAAGCACAAUCACGCGAAUCGAACGCACAGAAUCACAAUGUUCAUUUUGCCAUUCAGGGACUACGAUAUCUUUAAUUUUUUUAUACAUAGAUGAUAACUUGUAAAUAUGAUGAACCCUGAAUGAAAAUUACAUAUCGUGCCUCGGUCAAGCGCGUUGUGCCUUUAUAUAGCAAAAGGUAAAAAGAUAGAGAAAAAGAAAUAAAUAGAGGAAAGCAGUCUUUGAUGUCAAAGAAUGAAACGAGAUAAAGUAAUAUUCUUUGAGGAUCCUUUGUGCAUAGUGUAUGAUGUUGCGAUCUCUUCGAAAGUAUCUUGCAGUUCUUCAUCUAUUAUAAACAUGUCAGUGCUGUGUCUCAGUACCGUACACGACUUGGUGGCGAAUAUGGAAAGAGACUUUAUUCAUUAUUUAUUUUUCUUCGAGUAUUUGUGUAUAAUCUUAAACGCUCGAUUGGCGAAUGGUUGAUUCCUUGGUUGGAAAAAAAAACAAUUUCAAAUGUAAAUUUUAAUAAGGAGACUUAUUAAAACAAAAACCUGUAUGUAUUUGAAAUUAUUUUUCUGAACGUGGAAAAUCGUUUAAUCGAGCUUUGUAUGACUGCAAUCACGUGGUGUACGUUGUUACUUUCAAAAAGGAGCAUCUGUACUUUAAAACAAAAGAAAAUGAAAACUAUACUUACUAGUCAUAUAAUUUCCGAAUCACUGAAAUGCUAUGAGCAUAUUCUUUUUCGCUUUGUAUCUACUUAUUAUUAUUAUUAUUAUUAUUAUUAUUAUUAUUAUUAUUACUAUUAUUAUUAUUAUUUUCGUGUGUGCGACUACACGAGCUCAUUGGUCGAGCAGCUAACGAGCGACGUUGUAACGCUUUUUCUUUCUUUCAUUUUUGCAAAUUGUAGCUACAGCUUCAUGUACUAAUAACUAUUCGAGUGACAUUACCUAUCCUUUUGGCAGGAUAGUGGUAAAAUGUAAGACGUUGUGAUUUUUUCUUCAUUGCAGUGAAAAUUUUUUGCAAAAAGAAAAUUUCAUGCCAGAAACUUAAACAAAGAAUUUGUGAUUCUGAUUUUUUUUGAGUAUUUAUCGCGGACGUAUUCUACAAAUGGUAUGAAAGUAUUUUGUGAUUAAUUUAAUUAUAAAAUUUAAAUUAUUUAUAAGAUAAAAGAAGAGAGAAAAAAAAUCGUACUAUACAUAUUUAUAUCCCUCCUAAUCAUUGAAUUAUUCGUCAUAAAGAAGUAUUAAAAUAAGAAUUAUUUCUUACUUUAGGAAUUAGCGAAAUAGUAUUCGUCACAGAAUUCUUUGUUUGAACUCGAAUGUCACAUUGAAGAAUGUGUCUAUGAGGAAAAAACAAAUAUAGAUAAUCAAAUGCAUAAAGAAUACGUUUGUGAUGCAAAGAGAAACUGAUAUCCAAUACUUAAUUGCCAUCAUUUUGUUAAAAAAACUGCCGCCACCAAGUUGUCUGUGUGUGGAUCCCAAUAAGCAUUUAGCAAAGUCACAGUCACGAGCGUGAACUCUUCAUAAAGAGUCGGCCGACACAGCAUAAAAGAAGGCAGGGUUGGGCACACUUAAUUACUUCGGAAAAAACGGCUUUUGUUUACCUCGCAUUAUUGUUUUGUAGGAAGUAAUUAUAUUGCUUGAAUAUUUUAAUUUAUGCAAAAUAUAAUUAUCCAUGUGAAUUACUAUAUAUUUGUAGAGUCGUUAUUCUUGUUUAUUUUAUUUUGUAAAAUAUCAAAAUUUACUCUAUUUUUUUUAAUAUACGUUUAUUUUAUCAAAUUUUAUACGUAAUUCUAUCUACUAUUACUCGAUGCACAUACAUGUUGCAAAUAUAAUAUUAUGAAUAUGCUUCAAUUUUUUUACUCGUAUGCUACUGUUUUUUUAAUUUUGUGUACUUUUACACUAAUCAAUAUUUUUUUUUAUGUAUAUUUUUGUGUAUGUUUUCUAAAGAGAAAAAAUUGAUUUUCCAUGAGUGAUAAUUUAUGUAAUGAUAGAGCAAAUCAAUUAGUAAAACCAUUGUAAUGAGAAUCGUAAAAGUGAAGGUGCAUCUAACGAGCAUGAAAUUGUUUUACUUAUAUACGCGAGUAUUUAAACGCGUCCAGAUGAAACUCGAGCGGUUGCAAAAAAAAAAAAAAAUAAUUCAAACAAUAUUUAGAAAAAUCACCAUCACGAUGAAUGAAACAUUUUUCUGCAGUAAUUAAGUAUGCUUAGCGCCAGACUUUCUCAGAGACUACUCUACUCAAAGCGGACGCGCGGGUGCACACAGAGGCGGUUCUUUAUACAGUAAAAAAGGCCAAAGAACAGCCCUCUUUUUAUAUGCGCAAUGCGCAAGCUAUUCGUAGUUGUUUUUUUUGUAUCUUCCGCUUUAUUCACCCGCCUUCUGCGCCUUUUACGUCCGUCCGAGUCGCUUUUUCCCAGUUUUCUCUGAGAGGUUUUGUAUGAAGCGAAUGUACUUGUCAUUGCCAUUGUCAUCGUGCGAUCCACACAAAACAAUACAUACAUACACACAAACAGACCUUUAUCGCUAGCGUCAAUUAUUAUGUAUCGAAAGAGCCAAUGCAUCUCUGUUGUAAAUGUAUUCAAGCAGACCUGUGUAAAUAUUUUCGAUUUAGAUUACUAUUAUAAUUUUAAUAAUAAUAUACA